CAUGAGAGAGGCCAGGCCUUCUGGAGGUGAGCCGAUGGAGAUUUAUUCCCCAGACAUGUCCGAGGGAGCUGCCGAGAGGUCCUCCAGCCCCUCCACUCAGCUGAGUGCAGACCCAUCUCUUGACGGACUUCCGGCAGCCGAAGACAUGCCAGAGACCCAGACCGAAGACGGGAGAAACCCUGGACUCGUGGGCCUGGCAGUUCCCUGCUGUGUCUGCUUGGAAGCCGAGCGCCUGAGAGGUUGUCUCAACUCCGAGAAAAUCUGCAUUGUCCCCAUUCUGGCUUGUCUAGUCAGCCUCUGCCUCUGCAUCGCCGGCCUCAAGUGGGUGUUCGUGGACAAGAUAUUCGAGUAUGACUCUCCUACUCACCUUGACCCUGGGGGGUUAGGCCAGGACCCUCUUAUUUCUCUGGAUCCAACUGCUGCCUCAGCCGCGUGGGUAGCAUCUGAGGCGUACACUUCACCUGUCUCUAGGGCUCCAUCUGAAACUGAGGUUCAAGUUACACUGCAAGUUGACAAUGCUGCUGUGUCCUCCCAACCCGCAGCGGUCCCCACCCCGAAGAAUCGAAUCCUUGCUUUUUCUUUCCUGCCGUCCUUCCCUUUCCCCACACGGAACCCUGAGGUGAGAACACCCAAGUCAGCAACUCAGCCACAAACAACAGAAACUAAUCUCCAAACUGCUCCUAAACUUUCUACGUCAACAUCUACAACCGGGACAAGCCAUCUUGUAAAGUGUGCAGAGAAGGAGAAAACUUUCUGUGUGAAUGGAGGCGAGUGCUUCAUGGUGAAAGACCUUUCAAACCCCUCAAGAUACUUGUGCAAGUGCCCAAAUGAGUUUACUGGUGAUCGCUGCCAAAACUACGUAAUGGCCAGCUUCUACAAGCAUCUUGGGAUUGAAUUUAUGGAAGCGGAGGAACUCUACCAGAAGAGAGUGCUGACCAUCACCGGCAUCUGCAUCGCCCUGCUUGUGGUCGGCAUCAUGUGUGUGGUGGCCUACUGCAAAACCAAGAAACAACGGAAAAAGCUACAUGACCGUCUUCGGCAGAGUCUGCGGUCUGAACGCAACAACAUGGUGAACAUAGCAAACGGGCCUCACCACCCCAACCCGCCCCCUGAGAACGUCCAGCUGGUGAAUCAAUACGUAUCUAAAAAUGUCAUCUCUAGUGAGCAUAUUGUUGAGCGAGAAGCGGAGACAUCGUUUUCCACCAGUCACUACACCUCAACAGCUCACCACUCCACCACCGUUACCCAGACUCCAAGCCACAGCUGGAGCAAUGGGCACACUGAAAGCAUCCUUUCGGAAAGUCACUCUGUAAUCAUGAUGUCGUCAGUAGAAAACAGCAGACACACCAGCCCAACUGGGGGCCCACGAGGACGACUUAAUGGCUUGGGAGGCCCUCGCGAAUGUAACAGCUUCCUCAGGCAUGCUAGAGAAACCCCUGACUCCUACCGAGACUCUCCUCAUAGUGAAAGGUAUGUGUCAGCAAUGACCACCCCGGCUCGUAUGUCACCUAUAGAUUUCCACAUGCCAAGCUCCCCCAAAUCGCCCCCUUCGGAAAUGUCUCCACCUGCGUCCAGCACGACGGUAUCCAUGCCCGUCAUGGCAGUCAGCCCCUUCGUGGAAGAAGAGAGACCUCUGCUUCUGGUGACACCACCAAGGCUGCGGGAGAAGUAUGACCAUCACCCUCAGCAGUUCAACUCCUUCCACCACAACCCCGCCCAUGAGAGCAACAGCCUGCCCCCUAGCCCCUUGAGGAUAGUGGAGGAUGAGGAGUACGAAACCACCCAGGAGUACGAGCCAGCUCAAGAACCUGUUAAGAAACUCACCAGUAGCCGGCGGGCCAAAAGAACCAAGCCCAAUGGCCACAUCACCAACAGGUUGGAAAUGGACAGCAACGCAAGCGCUGAGGGCACUAACUCAGAGAGUGAAACAGAAGAUGAGAGAGUAGGGGAGGAUACACCCUUCCUGGGCAUUCAGAACCCCCUGGCAGCCAGUCUUGAGGCAGCACCUGCCUUCCGCCUGGCGGACAGCAGGACUAACCCAGCAGCCCGCUUCUCGACGCAGGAGGAAUUGCAGGCCAGGCUGUCUAGUGUAAUCGCUAAUCAAGACCCUAUCGCUGUAUAAAACCGAAAUAAACACAUAGAUUCACCUGUAAAACUUUAUUUUAUAUAAUAAAGUAUUCCACCUUAAAUUAAACAAUUUAUUUUAUUUUAGCAGUUCUGCAAAUAGAAAACAGGAAAAAAAACUUUUAUAAAUUAAAUAUAUGUAUGUAAAAAUGUGUUAUGUGCCAUAUGUAGCAAUUUUUUACAGUAUUUCAAAACGAGAAAGAUAUCAAUGGUGCCUUUAUGUUCUGUUAUGUUGAGAGCAAGUUUUGUACAGUUACUGUGAUUGCUUUUCCACAGUAUUUCAGCCAAACCUCCCAUAUAUUCAGUUUUCGCUGGCUUCUCGUGCAUCGCAUUCUGAUGUUGAUGGGAUGUAUGAUUUGCAAGACUUGCAACUGUCCCUCCGUUUGCUUCUAGUAGCGCCCGAUCAGUACAUCUUGUAAUGGCACAUCCAUCGAAAUACUCUUCUCUUUUGUAUGAAGUUUUCUUUUGCUUUCAGUAUAUGAAACGAGUUGUGUCUCCUCUGCCAGCCAAAGGUUCGCUUCACUGGGCUCUGAGAUAAUAGUAGAUCCAACAGCAUGCUACUAUUAAUUACAGCAGGAAACUGCACUAAGUAAUGUUAAAUAUUAGGAAGAAAGUAAUAUUGUGAUUUAAAAAAAACUAUAUUCUUAAUCAGAAGACAGCUCGCUCUCGCGAAAAUGAGCUACCAUUUGCUUUAUUUGGGUUUAUUUUUCUUGACAAAGAGCAACAGUUUGGGGGACUAGCAUAGAAAAUGGGUUCUGGCCUGCUUUUUGGGGUAAGCCCAUUACCUUAGCAGAGGACUCCACCUCAGUUUCUGGGGGAAUGACACAGCAGGUCAUCUAGUUGAAAAUCAAACCGUGGCGGAGAAAGGUGCAAUCGUUCCUGACUUGGGUUUCUCGCUGACUCGGGAGCUGGCCAUUGGUUGUGUCUUAUCAGCUCAUGAACAGAUGUGUUACGGCACAAAAUGACCAUGAAAUGACGGCACACUCAGCGUUUUGUGUGAAAUACUUCUGCCGUGAAAUACGCCUGCCGUAUGCGGUGGUGACUAGACAUCCUAGAGAAAUAGGUCUGUUGUAGAGUGUUUAGAAGGAGUGAGUGUGUCUAGAAGGCACCAGUGUGACUUGGGUGUGGUCUUAAAUAGUUGUGUUGCCCACGCCUUUCUCCUCAUGAUUUUCCUCUUGUUUUUUCAAUGUUGCCUCGAUCAGGUCAUAACUAUGCAUGAACAUUUUUGUCAGGAAUGGCCAACUUGCAUGUGAUUUGUGAUUGGCAAGAGCCUUCCACAAGUGAUGAGUCAUCAGGGAAUGUGGACGGUGUUGGGAAAUUGCACCUUUCCUUGCAGAAGUGACCCCCACCUGUGUCCUGGCCUCUCCAUCUGCAGCCUGUAUCAUCCGUUCCCCACCCCCUUUCUUAUCUUUUGCUUUACUGUCACGAAACAGGUAUGAAGAUGGGUCUGGGCUUCACCUGUUCUCUCUGAUUGUAAGUCCAAGGAAGGCCUAUAGGCAUUAACAUUUGGAAUAAAUGCUAAUUCAGGAAAAUAAGGGGAUUUUUAAAAAACGCAGCCCCCAUUUUACACCCUGCCCGACAUCUGUCAAAUCAGGCUAGAGCUUUACUUAGAUUCCCAGUGGCCUCCUGGGGUCCAUAGGGCAAAUGGGAAAAAGGUUGGCAGGGGGUUGCAAAUACCAAGCGUGAAGUCACCGAGAGCAACGUUUGCAGGUGAACUGGAUUGAGAUCUAGAUCUUCAUCGAAUUAGAUCUUCAUCAAAUGUCUGUGUUCGAAUUCUCGGGAAGAAGGAACGUGCAAGGAGGUCUUGGGAAAAUGUGGGUUGGACACGAGUCAUGUCAUUAAGCUCCUUUCAUGUUUCUACAACCCACAGAGAUGUCUGUCUGCAGGUCCGUGAAGUUACUCUGAGUAUCUGGUGGCCUGAACCGUCCCUCGUUACUCACAUGCCACUUUCUCUGUGCUCUGUCGGGCUGCCCGAGUUGCUCCGAUUUCCCCGUUCUGUAGAAAUGAGUAAGCUCCUGGCAGGGGAAAGAGGACCGUCCACCCGAAGAGGUCCUUUAAAUUAUGCUAAUAUUGCCUUUGAAGGCCUUGGCUUAUUCAGAGACUAUGUCAAUAAAGAAAUUUCUACCUUUAAUGGAAAGUCUAAAAUUUCUGUUGCAAAAAUCUUAGGGCAUUGGAGUCAUCCAAUGGCCCAUUGUGGAGAAUUUCUGGAAUAAAUGAAAUCUUCUGCUGAGAGGAACCAACAUUUUCCUCACUAUGAAAAUUUCUGUAUACCUUUUCAGGUCACAAAUAUAUAGGGACAUUUAGGACAAGAGGACGUUUUCUUUCCAGCUUGAUUCUGGUCACUCAGAGAGGUGGCAUAUUUGCUGGGAUAGCCUUUCCUUCUGUAGAAGAAGAGUUUCCCCUGGUAAGAAAGGCCAGCUGUCUCCUCAGGGCUACCUGCUGCCACCACCAGCUUUGUGUUCCAAGGGACCGCUCUGUGAUGUUUAGUCACCACAUGGCUCUCAACCAUCCCUGUCUAGAAACUCAGGUGGUGGGGUGGUAAUCCCAAGAAGGGGUGUAGACCCAUGCUCCCAGCCUGUGGCCAGCUUUCGGGGGUUUUCAGGGGUGGAAAUCACCCAGAAGUUUGACAGCAACUGUGUUUCCUGGGUCUGAAAUCGUAUCCCACCAAGGGGUAGUGCAGUACAGGCGAAACUUCUUUUCUCACUCAAGAUUCCUUUUCCAUCCUAUUCGCCCUUCUUGCCUGGUAUGACUUGUUUUGUUUAUUUUUUUCAAGAGUGCCUGGACAGCCUCAGGCUUUCCACCAAAUGGCACUCUGCCCGAGUAUAUGUGAAUGUGUCCCAAACACCAACAGACCGUAUCUUCCUUGUUUAAGUGUGACUGUCUUGAUAGAGAUGGAGUCUAUCCAGGGUAACUUGCUCAUGAGUAUUCCUUUUUUUGGCCUGAGUUAAAAGGUGCAUGGAUCAUAGGGAUGAAAAUCAGGAAGGCCUGGUUUUAUCUUUUAGUACUAGCUCCAUUCCACCACCCACAAAGAUUUCUAUCUGCAGAGACCCGUCAAACACUGCAGAGAAAUGCAGGCAAAAGGAAACGGCCACAUUUCACGAGUUCUAUUAUAUAUUCUUUUGUAAAUACACAUCGUACGUUACUUGGAUGUUUUCCUAAAUCAUUUUACUGUCUUUAUGAGUUAAUGUCCAUUUCUUACUCUCUUGACUGUGUAACAUUGUAAAUAACAUAAUGUCCUUUAUUAUUUAUAUUUAAGCAUCUAACAUAGAGUUGUUUUCAUAUAAGUUUAAGAUAAAUGUCAAAAAUAUAUGGGUUUUUUUUUUCAUUUUUCUUUGCUUUAAAAUUAUGUAUCUUUUCCUUUUCCUUUUUUUUUUUUUUUAAGAAUAAUUUAUUGUUCAGGAGAAAGAAUGUAUAUGUAAUUGAAACUAUUUGAAGAAUGCACAUUUGAAGGCCCUGAGGUACUGAUAAACUAAAGAAUUUAUUAUCCAAAAUACUAAGCAAUAAGUAAUUGUGAUUUAUUUAAAGUUUUGUUCAUUUUCCAUGAAAGACAUACUGCAAUAAAAAUGCUACUCUGUGGAGGCGUGGGAGUGUUGCUCAGCAGACUAACGUUUCAGUCUGUUAGACCAGCACCUUGCCGCUGUGAUAGUUGUAUUAAUGUAGGAACAUGUCUGAUGGACCCCAUGACCAUCUCCUCUGUCUCUUGCUUUUGCCAAACUGCCUUUUCUUCUCUCACCUUCUGCCUGUUGGUUCUGCUCACCACCGUCUUCCAUGUCCAAGGGGCCACAAGCAAGCAAUACGAUGUCUUCUUCCCCUUCUCCUCACCCCCCAAUAACGUAUCAGAGAGGAUGUCUUAGGGCCUGAUUGCCUGGAUCCCAGUUGUUAUUUUGUAGGGACUGCAAGAGACUUCUUCAGACCAACGGUAAUGUCAAAGUGACAAUCCCUUGCAAUUGUGACAGGGGAACCUGUUACCUGGGUUCAAGUAAUCCAACGGCCAACAGGGCCCAAGAAGCAGCCAUCAGAACCUGGCCAUGCUCAGCUUUCCUGUAGCUCUGGUAAAUUUAUUUUCCAUCAGGCCUAUGAUUUAUGGAUUCAGGCCCACGAUUUAUUGAUUCAGUUUUGAGAGAAGAUAAGGCUAAGUUGGAUUCUUUCCCCUUGUGGUAUCAAUAAAUCAAACGAAAUGCCCAUCUUACUGCUCAGGGCAGGGCCUAUGCAUGAGAAAUUUCCCACAUUCAAAGAUUUAGUCAUAGAAAUGAGGAGAUAACUUUUCUUGUUGAAAUUAGCCGAAACAAAAGCCAUAUUUUAGCAAAUAGAUAUUUGCAUGGGUAAUACUUUUUAUAUAUUUCAAGCAAUUUACUCAUUAUUCUAGAUAAGAUUAGGGCUUCUAAAGUAUGUGAAAUAGAGCUCAGCAAUCCUGUGGGGGUACACAGGGGCCUCCGCUGGAGUUUGAGGGUCCCCGAUGCGUGCCAUCAAAGGCCACCUUCAUAUACGUACAUGAUCCCUAAUACCUAGUAAGAGCUCCACUGGUGUCAUUUCCCAAACAGUCUGGAUGUCUAAGAGAUUCCAAUAGUGGCCUUUGACUGUACUAGUUCUUAUUAUUUACAUUAUGAACUUUUCAAAACAAUCCAGAAUCCUCAUAUCUGUGAUAUGUGUCAACUUUGGCUUACAUAGACAUACGCGCACACACACACAAUUCCUCAUACACACCAUCCUGAAGCCGCCACAUCCGUCUCCCUUGUCCACUCUAGCCAACCAGCCAUUUGGCAAAUCAAGGAGUGCACAGAAUAUUGAAAAAUUAAAGACUGAGAUACUUCCUGUAUCUUCAAGUUGAAGCUGAGGCUUUGCCCACCCCCUCAAACUGAAAACUACAAGCAGCUGUCUUAGUAACGUACGUUAAAAUCGGAUACCUAACAUAUAUUGAUAUUUGAGGCAGAAGCUUAUGGAGUGGACCGUGGUACAGAGAGAAUGAAGAUUAUCCGAAUAUCUAGAUUAUUACCGCAAUUCUCUAUUCACUUCAAUGCUGUAGACUGGAAUGUCAAACCCAGGCCAACACCACCUCGUAGCCUAAUGUCUGGGGAGGACAUCCUUAGACUACCCUGCUCUCUCCCCUGAUGAUGAAUGGCAAAAGGGCCUGAUGCCAGGGAUUGGGGGUUCAGUGAGGCAAUUCUGAAGUCUAGAGAUUUAGGAUGCUGGAGGGAGUGGAAAAUUUUGAUGACUUCAUGUGAAUCACUUUGUGGUCUAUCUUGGGCUUGCCCUUUCUGAAGCAGAAUAAAAUAAAUUUAUGGAAACCAUUACUCCAAAAGACUGAUCUGGUAGGCAAUAGAAAUGCUUUCAGUUUAUGUAAGACAGGACCCUCCUGCUGCUACAGUAAGCCACCAUAUUCCUCUCUUUAAGGCUGUGGUUGGACAGAGAAGCCAGACCCAAUCCCGCAUGUCCCUGUGGGCUCCUGUGCACAAACUGCGGCUGUCAUUGCUAGACCUCUCUGGUGAGCUGUUGGGUUUGAGCUCCUGUGAACUUCAGAACAUUGCUUGGCAUGGGGGUUGCAAAGGGAUUUUGUUACUUGGAGGAAACCCAUCAUGAUCCACCUGAUCUUUUUAAAAACAAACCAGAAGAGACCAGUAAUUCAUAAAAGGAGACAUAGAAUAGGGUAGGAGUUCUAUCGUUUGCUCCCAUCAAAUGUAUUUACUGGACAGAAUUUAAUGGAGGAAGCGACUCUCUUCCCACCCCACAACAUGCCAAAGAGGCUAGAGAAUUACCAUCACAGAUACAAAAUCAUUCAUUGCUUAUGUACAGGUUUGCGCAUAUGCGGAGAAAUAAUCUAUUAUGCAUAAAUAAUAUUUUAUAAUAUUUUAUGGUUUAAAAUAUCCUUUUCAUUUAUAAUCCUCUUAAACCCAUGGGCUGUUGAUAUGAUAAAUAAUGAGGAAAUUUUAGGUGCAGGAAAGUUGAAAGUGUUUCCUAGAGCUACCCAUCUAGUAAGUUACAGAGAUAGCACUUGUACCCAGGUUCUCUGACUACAACUCCUACUUGUACCCAUUGCACUCCUUCCCUCCGCACUCCAGAUUCAACAAAGGCUGCUGUUUUCAGCCUUUCAUUGCCUCGAGGCAAAUUACAUCGGAAACCAAGUUUCUAUUUCAAAGAAUAUGAGCUCCUUUGACUUUGGUUCAGGUUACCUCCGAACCCAAUUUUCUUGACUUAGUGACUAUGCACUUUUUUCCUAAACACAGCUUUCUAAGAAUAUGAAGUGUAACCAUGGGAAUGAAUUCUCCUGUGUGGGUAGCAUACUGCAGUGAAACGAGGAGGGGCUUGUGGCCAGCACUGUCCCCAGCACUUAGUAGCUCGGCCCGUUGGAGCAAUGUCCCCUCUCCGAGCUUAUUUCUUGAUCACUAAUACGGGAAUCCAAGUGACUUUACAAGGAUGUGGUGUGUAACGAGGCUUACACUUGAAUACAUGUAAGGAAGCCAUACAUGUCUAGCACAUAGGGAGUGUUCAGAGGUUACCUUCUCUUGGCUCCUCCCCUCCAGCCCCCAGCUCCAGGUUUUUAAGUUUUGGAGCCUGUGCUUCUCAGUUCCAAAUGAUACACUCUACAUUGCACAAACUCAUCGCAUAAAUACAUUUGAGUAUUUCUCCAAUCUCAUGCCAAUAGGCAAAUUCCUUUUUAAUGACAACUGUAUAUUAAGCAGCAAAAUCACUAAAUAGCAUUUAAAGUUGUAACUUAAAUAACUUCUUUAUUUUAUGUUUGCUUCUUGUGUAGUCACACUGUUUCACAAAAAGCCUGUAAUUUUUAAGGGCUUAUUUCAUGAGUGUUUCAUUAUAAUUUCACAGAAAUUUACUGAAACAUAACUCUUUGUAGAGUUUUCAGAAUACCAUUUUCAAACUUCGUUGCAAAUGUGUAGUAAGAUGAGCAAAACAUGAUCUUAAAUUGAUAGGAUAUCUGUGCACACCCAUUUUCCUUCUCUUGCACCCAGGAGGCCCUGACAUGUUUCAUUUUUUUUUUCCCCAAAACAAUACAAUCUAGGCAAAGUCCGUAUAGUGACAAAGUUAGAGGAGUCAGGUCUCAGAUUAAUUUCUAAAUGGAAGAAACCACAUUGGUUAUGGAUGUUCCUCGUCUCUUCCCAUGAUCUAUCCAAUAAGCAAUUUUUCAGGUUCUACUCACUCUUCAUGCAUAAAACAGGAUUCUUUUUAUGAAUAAUUUAUAGAUUGAAGCUUUUGGAUUCAAUACCUUAAAAUGUCAUCCUACAUUAAGAGUGGUGGGUGACUCGGCCUCAUGAUAUUCAUCACCAGGCUUGUGAUGUAGUUAAUAUAGUUCUGUUGCUAAUGGCAAGAGAGUCUAAUAUAAUUGCCCAUACAUUAUCCUUCAUUUAAAUAAGAAUGUAUUUUGUUGAAAAUAUUCCUAACUCUAGCUCCCUUUAAAAAUAAUAAGUAAGGACACUUCCUAGUUUGUUUGUUUUUUUUUAAAGAAAUAAGCUAGAUGUAAACUUUGUAUCGUGUUAUUAGUUAUCAUCAUACGUAAGCAAACACUUGUCUUCCAUUCUUUGGCUUUCAUUUGGUGGUACCUUCUUGCCCAAACUUGAGCCUUUCUCUUGAAUAGGGUUGGGGUGGGGGGACUCUGGGCAAGUUUCUAGAGCCUUUCUGGUUUCUCACAGUCAGCCUGAAGUAUACUUUCCAUCUUCUUCAGAUGAAGGGUCUUUAUCAGUAUUCCCUUGAGGAGGUAAUAAUGUAACAAAAGCAUUUUCCCUUUUAUCCUAGACCCUCUCCACUAUGAAAAGGAAACCCAGAAAAUGCUGUGUGUCAGAGCCAAUUCCCAGUACCCAACUUCCUUCCGAUGAUGAAAUGAUUCUGCCCUCCUGAAAGAAUCUCUCUGCAAAGAUCCACCCCAUCCUUCCUUCAGAGAAACCUUAUUUUUGCAAAACAGAGACCUCCCUCAGUAACUUCUUACUUUUGAGCCCUUCUCAUCCCUGAUCUGAUACCUCCGAUUUCGAAAGAUCUGAAAUUGUAGGACAAUAUAACUUCACAUUUGGAACAGAAAUUAUGGCGUUUGGGAUUGAAGGACUUUCUAAAAAUGAGAAGCUUUUCUUGAAUUGUUGCAGGCCCUUUAGAAAAUUUUAGGGCAGAGUCAGAAAGCAUUACAUCUUUUUCAGUAUUUGCUUGACUAAAAGCUCUUUCACAAUGUGAAAAGAUGCUAAUUCCCUCCGCAUUUUGAGGUCUGCCCUGUUUGUCUGAGGAGUUAGAUCUCUAGCCAUGAGUGUGAGGAAAAGAACUGUGGGCCCUUCCCAUUAAGCUGUUGAUGCAGAGUUAAUGGGACUUAGGGUACCACUCAGGGUCAAACUCAUGUCAGUUAUCCAGCAAAGGAACAGCUAAGGGAAAAUAUGCCCUCGUCUAAUUAGGAAAGCCACACAUUACCCACCAAGCAAGCCAGAACCUGAGCAAUAUUCUAGAUUUCUUCCUCCACAUCUAACUGGUGACAAUGGCUUGACAUGUCAAGCACCCCCACCUCCUGCCUUGUACCACUGGCGCCCUCUUCUUCGCUCACUGGGUCCCAUUCGCCUCCUAACUGAUCUGCUUCUUUCAGUUCCUCUGAGACAUCCUUCACAUUUUGCUGGAAGCUUCUCUCUAACUCACAAAACUUGUCGUGCAUUCUCCUGGCUAUAACCCUUCCACAGCUCCUCACAAAGCUUGUCUCCUUGGCUUGACAUUGGCUGUUCUCCACAGGCUGGCUUCUGCCAAACUCUUGUAGCAUCUCUCAGCUCACCCUUCACUCCACCUUGUGAUUUUCUGUUUUCCAAGUAUACCACACCAGUGUUCAUCCAACCCUACUCAUCGGCGUACCGACUUCAUGACUAUUACCAUAUUCAUGUACCACCUGUAUUAUUUUUUGCAUAUUGUUUUUUUCCAACUGAUUGCAUUUUUAACUAAAAUAAAGUCAUUUGAAAUGAAA